AUGAGGUUAAAAACCUACACGGCUACGGCACCCCGUAUAUACGGUGCACCGAAGGCUCACAAGGAUGGUCUCCCAUUGAGACCGGUUGUAGCGUGCAUGACGUCACCAACGUACGAACUGUCGAAAUACGUAGGCGCGAUCCUGCAAAGUUCGAUAAAAAGCAAAUACAAUGUACUAGACUCGUUCUCUUUUAGCGAGUACAUCAACAAUGUACAGCUUCCACCAGAUUAUGUUUUGGUAUCCCUUGAUGUGGUUUCGCUGUUCACGUGCAUCCCAAGGGAGUUAGUGAUGCAGAACGUCAUUUCGCGCUGGGACGAAAUCAAAGAAAAUACGAACAUCAACCUAGAUCUGUUCCUGGAGAUGACGGAGUUCUGCAUAAAUUGCAGUUACUUCCAAUUCAAAGGGCAAUCGUAUCAACAGGUGUUCGGAACAGCGAUGGGCAAUCCACUGUCGCCCAUAAUAGCAGAUCUGGUGAUGGAAACUUUGCUCGAUUCGGUCACCAAGACGAUCAAGUUUCCGAUCCCAGUAAUCAAGAAAUAUGUGGACGAUCUCAUGCUGGCGAUACCCAAAGACGAAAUAGAAACCGUGAAAAACACAUUCAACCAGUACCACCAGAAGAUACAGUUCACCGUGGAGGUUGAAAAGGAUGGAAAGCUACCAUAUCUGGACUUGUUGCUGGUCAGGAAACCAGACCAAACAAUAAAAACAGAAUGGUAUGCCAAACCCAUAGCGUCAGGCAGAUUCUUAAACUACCUGUCGGCUCACAGCAUGAUGCUCAAGAUAAACGUGGCCAAAAAUCUCAUCAAACGAGUAACGACAUUCUCCACCAACGUCGACGAAGCCACAGCAAAGAAGAUCAUCCACACGCAGCUUCGACAGAACGACUACCCUAAACCACUAAUCAACCGCCUCAUCAAUCGACGUCGAGAGAAUCCACCCGCCGCAGCACCACCUACCGAGGAUGAAAACACAAAAACGUUCCGAUCAAUUGUCAACAUAGGUUCUCUCACCCACAAGAUACAACGGACACUUCGAUCCGACUACCCGGAAGUGGUCACAUGUCCACAACAACGGAAAACUGUGAGAUCGAUCAUACCAGGAGUGAAGGACAAGCUGGAAGAAAAUCAACGAUCGAACGUCAUCUACAAAAUACCAUGUGACGUCAUCUACAAAAUACCAUGUGCAGACUGUGGAUCAAGCUAUGUAGGAAUGACAUCAUGCCGACUAAAAGAUCGCGUGUCCGGCCACCGAUCGACAAUCAACAAAUUAACAGAACUACGAGAAGCAGGAAAGGAUGAGACCGACCAGGAGAUCAUGAGACUGAGGGAGAAAACAGCGCUGCUAGAUCACUGCAUCACCAACAACCACCAAUUUCUAUUAGACAGGGUAGAAGUAUUGGAUUCAAGCCACAAAAAACAGAAUCUAGCUAUAUUAGAGUCAUGUCACAUCCUCAACACACAACACACUGUCAACAAGCGAACCGGCACCGAUAACCUGAGCGGCACGUACGCCGGGGUAUUACACACAGUUAAAACGAUACAACACACUACACACAGACGAACAGUAGAAUAG